AUGGAUUCCAUGGACAACUUCUUUCACAAAUCACUAAUAACCAAGCCCAACAACCUAACAUACAGCUACUACCUCUCCCUAAACUUCACCUCCCAAAUCAACUCAUCCCCCUCCCUCCCAAUCCUCCUCUUCCUCCACGGCUUCCCCGACGACGCCCACAUGUGGGCCGGCGCCAUGCCACACUUCCAAAACCUUCCUUACCCCAUGAUCCUCCCCGACCUCCUCGGCUUCAGCGGCAGCUCCAAACCCACCAAUCCCCACCUCUACAACUACAGACAACAAGCCAACUCUCUCGCUCAAAUCCUCGACGCAGAAGGCAUCUCCUCCAGCCAACAACGCAUCAUACCCAUCGGCCAUGACUGGGGGAGCCUAACUGCCCAGCGCUUCUACCUCCACCAUCGCCAGCGCUGCAUCGGCCUCUGCAUCCUCAGUCUCGCGUACCAAGUCCCCACCGACAAACCCUUCAGCCUCUGGACCGCAAACCACGAAACGACCAAGAAAUUCGGCUACCCGCAAUGGAGUUAUUGGGAGUUCUUCGUCGCUCCCGACGCACCAGAUCUAAUGCGGGAGAAUCUCGAGAGGUUCUGGGAGGUGAAUAAUGGGAAUUAUCCCAGUCCGCUGCCUGAGGAGAACGGUCGAGAUAUCUGGAUGCGUGAGAUGUUUUGUACCAAGAACGCGAUGAGGGAGUAUGUCACUGGGACCGGGAAGUGGGCCGGUGAGAAGUCAGUACCUCUAAAACCAUACCCCGAAGGUGACAGACAGAAAGCUCGGUUCAUCGCGCGCAUGUCGAGGGACGGGUUCGAAGGGCCAGUAUGCUAUUAUCACAACUUGGCGAUUAAUGCGAACUUGGAGGAUGAUGCGGCGUUUUGUAGGCCUGGGCCAGGGGGCGAGGAUUUGAGGAAGAUUGAUGCGCCGAUGUUGUAUGUGGGGCAGACGGGGGAUUGGGUUUGUAGGACGGAUUUGAUGGCGGAGGCGAAGGAGAUGGGGCUUGUGAGCGAUCUUGAGGAGAAGGUUGUUGAGGCUGGGCACUGGUGUUUGUACGAAUGUCCUGAGAAGAUUGCUGGUGCUAUUGGGGAGUGGUUGGUGAAGAGGUUUCCUGUGCAGCAGAAUUACGACCUGUACGAAUAG